AUGUCAGACUCAAAAGCAGCCGAUCUGCUGCAAUAUGCGCAGGAAUACGCCUCCAAAGAUGAAGACCUUUACGAACUUCUCGGUGUCGAUGCCCUCACCCCCAAAGAAGAGAUUCACCGCGCAUGGCGAAAGCGCUCUCUAAAGUACCAUCCCGAUAAAGCAGGCGACAACUUCGAUGCAGCAGUAUGGGAAAAGUUCGAACGCGCCCGCGAUAUCCUGUCCGAUCCUGGGGCGCGCGGCGCCUACGACAGCGCCAUCAAGGCUGCCCUCCUACGAAAACAAGAGCGCGAGACUAUGGAUAAGAAGCGCAAAGCGCUAGUCGACGAUCUCGAAGCCCGAGAGAAUGCGUGGAAGGUUCAGCGCGAGGAGAAAGAGCAGCGAGAGAAGGAUGAGAUUGAGAAGGAAAGGGCACGACUGGUUGAACAGAGGCGUGUGCGCGAGGAGGAGGAACAACGUCAAGCCGCUGCUGCGCAAGAAGUCGAGGAUUUGGCCGAAGCAAGGCGGCGUCUGAAGGAAAAGAAAGAGAAAAAGAAGCAGGAUGAGGCAAGGGAGAAAUUUCUGCGCAAGUCACGGAUGGCUGCAGAGACUACUGAUGGCAAGCCAGCGCCUGGCCCAGUUAACGGUGCCAUGAACGUACCAGGAGAUUACUCGGUCGACUUCGGAACAGAACAAAAGCUUUACUGGGAGUUGGUUUGUGACAAGCUACGUGCUGUCCAGGCAGUCAAAAACCUACAACAGAACCAGGCAACGCCAGAAGAAUACCAACAAGCGGAGCAGGGCCUACUUCAAGCAAAGACGAGGAUCCACCAGGCCGAAGUACGCUUCGCCGAGCAGGCAUCUGUUUCAUGA